UCUAUAAUGCUCGAAUGUAGGAUGUGACACCUUGGCCAGCGCAUCUUUUUCCUGGUUCAACUCUUUCCCCCCUCCCCUCUCUGCACACUAACCGCUUCACUAUAAAUACUGAAGUGUGUGACAUGUUGGCUUUAUCACAGCAGAUACAUUAGAGGCAGAGAUGACAGAAAUAAAAACCUGGGUGUUUUGGCGGGCUGUGGCUGCAGAGUUUGUCGGUAUGUUGCUGUUCAUAUUCAUUGGUUUAUCGGCCAUCAUUGGAAAAGACCAGGGUAGGGUCCACGGGGAGACGGUUGCUCAGGAGCUGAAGGUCUCCUUGGCCUUUGCGCUGGCCAUCGCCACCCUGGCUCAGUGUUUUGGGCACAUCAGUGGAGCGCACUUUAACCCUGCAGUCACUCUGGGCCUGCUGGUCAGCUGCCAGAUCAGUGCCCUCCGGUGUCUGUGCUACAUCCUGGCGCAGAUGCUUGGGGCGGUUGCAGCAAGUGCUAUUGUGAAUGGAUACAGAUGCAGAAAAUCCUUUGGGGUUAACCAGCUAAAUAACGUGAGCACGGGACACGGCUUUGUCAUCGAGUUCCUCGCCACCCUUCAGCUGGUUCUGUGCGUGAUAGCUGUGACUGAUAAGCGACGGAGUGAUAUCAAAGGCUUUGCACCGCUGGCUAUUGGGCUGUCAGUGGGACUCGGUCACUUCGCAGCGAUAAGUUUCACUGGAUGUGGAAUCAAUCCUGCUCGCUCCUUUGGUCCGGCUGUGAUAAGCGGUGAAAUGAAGAAUCACUGGAUUUACUGGCUGGGGCCAAUGUGUGGAGGAACGGCAGCGGCUCUUAUCUACGAUUUCCUUCAGUAUCCACGAACACCAAACUUGAGAACUCGCGGUAACGUCCUGCUUCAUGGUCAACAAGAUGAAAACAAUGCUGCUGAAAUAACUGGCGUCGACAACGACGACAACGGCAGCCCAGGGCCAAGUCAGUGGCCAAAGCACUGAAGUGCAUGCCACACUUUAGCUUUCCUGUCUGUCGGCACCGUAAUAAACAGCAAUCAAUCCGCAAAUAUACUUUUAAAAUGACGUUUCGGUUGCAUUUUUAUUUUUGUAUUGAGUGUUUUUUCAAUGAUUGUCUCAUGCGUGAAUGUCUUAUAAUAAAGGUCAUUCAGUGUC